AUGCCGAACAUGGAAGAAUCUCUAGUUAUCUCCAAAUUUGACUGUCUCGUCGAAUCCGGCCUCGUCCUCUACGACGGCAAACAACAGAUCCUCGAGCACAUUGACGGCGACCUGAAAUUUCAUUUCGUUCUCACCUCUGCUCUUGCCAAAAAGCCCACCCUUACUACCUCCCAGCCCCAGCCCGAAACCGCCAAUCGAGAGCCCGAAAAGCGAGAAGGUAGCGAUAUCAGCACUGCCGGGUUCGAAAUCGACGAGACAGGGACCCACUUUGUAAUCGCAAACAAGUUCUGUUUCGCGCGUCCUCACCUCAUGCUUCUGACCGGUGACGGACACCGACGACAGUAUGAGCCGCUCGACGAGGCCGAUCUGCACGUUGCGUGGCAGAUUCUGAACGCCGCUGAGACAGACUAUGUUGCUUUCUACAACUGUGGACGGGAUGGCGGGUGUAGUCGGCUGCAUAAGCAUCUGCAGGUGAUGCCCUUGCCGGCGAAUAGUUUCGCGGCGUUUCUGGAUUCUUCCGAGGGGGAGAAGCCCGAGACCAAAGUUCCAUUUGAGUGGUUCUUUCGGCGGUUUGGAGAGGAUGUGACACUAACACCCACUGCGUUGGUUGGGGUCUAUAAUGACCUGCUGGACCAGGCUACGCAGGUGGGCGAGGGCCGCGGUGAGCAUGCGGCAAGUGCGCCGCCCGGGGCGGCCUGUCCGCAUAAUAUGAUUCUUACCAAGAGGUGGAUGAUCGUGCUGCCGAGACGACGGGGUGCGAUUAAUAAGGAGGCCGGGGUGAAUUCUUUGGGUAUGCUGGGGGUGAUUGCUGUGGCUACGGCGAAGGAGGUUGAUAACUGGGUCAGGUUAGGGCUGACGGAGUCUCUGGCAGAACUGGGAGUACCUAAGGGCAUGUGA